CCAUUGCAAAAUUAAAGCAAGAACCAUAGUGACGACCAAAAAGUAUAUUACAUUCAACGAUCUAACACGACAAAAGAAAACACGACUUGAAACCAAAACGAUUACAGUUCUUUUUUUCUUUAAAGGGAAAAAGACGAUCAGAGUUAUUAGUUGUCUCACUUUGAAGCGGGUUAUAUGGCAAAAAUUGCUUUAGGAUGCGAGCCGGUAGUGGGUUCGCUCACUCCGUCAAAGAAGAAAGAGUACAGAGUCACCAACAGGCUCCAAGAAGGCAAGCGUCCCUUAUACGCCGUCGUCUUUAACUUCAUCGAUUCUCGUUACUUCAAUGUUUUCGCCACUGUUGGUGGCAACCGGGUGACUGUGUAUCAAUGUCUUGAAGGGGGUGUUAUAGCAGUUUUGCAAUCAUAUGUUGAUGAAGAUGUAAGAAACGACACCUUUAAAAAAAAAGAUCAGAAGGAUGAAUCUUUUUACACGGUGAGCUGGGCAUGUAACAUUGAUGGAACUCCGUUUGCCGUAGCUGGAGGAAUAAAUGGUAUUAUCCGUGUCAUUGAUGCCAGCAAUGAGAAGAUACACAAGAGUUUUGUUGGCCAUGGGGACUCCAUAAAUGAAAUAAGGACUCAACCUCUGAAACCUUCACUUGUUGUGUCUGCAAGCAAAGAUGAAUCAGUUCGGCUGUGGAACGUUGACACUGGAAUUUGCAUUUUGAUAUUUGCUGGUGCUGGGGGUCACCGCAAUGAAGUUUUGAGUGUGGACUUUCACCCAUCAGACAUAUACCGGAUUGCAAGCUGUGGAAUGGACAACACUGUCAAGAUUUGGUCAAUGAAAGAAUUUUGGACAUACGUAGAGAAGUCAUUCACAUGGACAGAUCUUCCUUCAAAGUUCCCAACAAAAUAUGUGCAAUUUCCAGUUUUCAUAGCUUCAAUCCAUUCAAACUACGUUGAUUGUAAUAGGUGGCUUGGUGAUUUUGUCCUGUCAAAGAGUGUUGAUAAUGAAAUUGUACUAUGGGAACCAAAAACAAAGGAACAGUCUCCUGGGGAGGGUACUGUUGACAUCCUUCAAAAAUACCCUGUUCCUGAAUGUGAUAUUUGGUUUAUCAAGUUUUCCUGUGAUUUCCAUUACAAUGCAGCUGCUAUAGGGAAUAGGGAAGGGAAGAUAUAUGUUUGGGAAUUACAAAGUAGUCCCCCAGUUCUAAUUGCAAGGCUAUCUCAUAAUCAGUCCAAAUCUCCAAUUAGACAGACUGCAAUGUCCUUUGAUGGAAGCACAAUCCUUAGUUGCUGUGAGGAUGGGACAAUAUGGCGCUGGGAUGUAAUAUCAACUUCUUCCUAGGUAUAUCCAGAGUGGCCAAUUCAGAAUUUUCUUACGAUAGCUUGUUUUUGACUCAGUAGUUUUAGGGCUACUGUUAAUUUUUAUUUUUAUUGUUUUUAUUUUUUUUUAUAUUCCUUCUCCUUGUGUCUGUUUUCAUUGGACCAAUGUAUUUCAAUUGUUAGAAUUGUUUAUAAAAAGUGUUAAAUGUUGAAAACCAA